AUUGCUGGCAACUCGGUGACAGCUGUUUGACAGCUCCACUUUUAUUUUCGUAAGAAAUACCUUCUCUUCGCGAAUAAAGCUUUUUGUUGAUUGUAUUUGUUUGUUCAUUGUGUAUUCCGCAUUGAACUAUUAACUAUUUUUGUGUAUAUAUUUGUGUACGCCACAUAGUAAUGUGAAGUAAGAUGUGUAACACUAUUAAUAGAUUGAGCCGCAGUUAGUUUGAUGAAUCGUCUGAUUGUGAUGGUUGAUCAGACAUAUUGACGAGUUAUUUAGCAACAAUGGGCAGGAGAGAGGAGCCCGCUUGGGCCAGCGGCACCGUGGGGCUGGUGGCGGCCAGGGAGCGCGGGGACCUCGACAGAAAGUUUCAGACUCGGCUGACGGUGACUCGGCCUAUGAUCGACAGAUUGGGGCUCGAGAAGGAGCUUCACGGACAUAUGGGAUGCGUUAAUUGCUUGGAAUGGAACCACGACGGAUCAAUACUGGCAUCAGCAUCAGAUGAUCUCCACGUAAUGCUGUGGGAUCCUUUCCGCUACAAAGAGCUUAUGAACAUAUCUACAGGACACACUGGGAACAUAUUCUCUGUAAAGUUCCUAUCCCCGGACGUGAUAGCGACGUGCGCGGCGGACGGCACGGUGCGAGCACGCGGCAUCCGCUCCAACACGCCGCUGCUGGAGUGCGUGUGCCACUGCGCCCGCGUCAAGCGCCUCGCGACUGCGCCCGACAACCCGCACCUGCUGUGGUCUGCGGGCGAGGAUGGACUCAUACUCCAACACGACCUGCGAACUUCCCACAGCUGUAACCCCGACUCGGCCAAUGUUCUGGUGAACCUACUGAACCACCUCGGUCGUUACGCCGAAGCGAAGUGUGUGGCCGUCAACCCUCGGCGUCCCUACCAACUGGCUGUGGGCGCCAACGACUUCUAUGUGCGGCUUUAUGAUACCAGGAUGAUCAAACUCGCUAGGUUACAGGUGAACGCGCCGGCGUCUCGUCAGAUGUGGGAGCGUCAGAACAUGCGCUGCUCGCGCGCGGGGCACGGCGACCCCGACAACAACAUCCCCCGCGCCGCCGUGCACUACUUCGCGCCCGGUCAUCUCUCCAUGGAGCCAAAUGAACACACUUUCCCCAAGAAGGCGACCACAUAUGUCGCCUUCAGUAAUGAUGGCAACGAGCUGCUUGUCAAUCUAGGUUCCGAACAGGUCUACCUAUUCGACAUAAACUCAGCGCGGCGUCCCGUCUUAGUAGAGAGCUUCAUCAUCCAACACAACCACGGCAACAGAGCCGGAGACCCCAAGCUGUCCCCGAGGAACGGCACCAACGGCACCACCCUGCCGCCGCCACACCUGCCCGACAGGGUGCGGCAGCUCAAGGAGAUGGCGAACGACUUCGUGAACAAGGGCAACUACUCGACGGCGGUGGAGCUGUACAACGACGCCAUCGCCGCCUGCCCCGACUGCGCCAUCCUCUACUCCAACCGCGCCGCCGCGCUCAUGCGACGCGGCUGGUCAGGCGACACAUACGCCGCAAUAAAAGACUGCUACAAAGCUAUAAAGCUGGACUCGUCCCACGUCAAAUCCCACUUCCGUCUCGCCAAAGGCCUGAUGGACCUCAAGCGAGCCCGAGAGGCACACGAGUGUCUCCUGUACUUCAAGGACAAGUUCCCAAGACAUGCGACCAGCCAUGCGGUGUUUCUGCUGCAGAAGGAUAUCAAUGUGGCUCUUGAGAGUAUGGAGACUACGCCCGAUGAAGUUGAAACUCCAGCAGCCACGGAAUCCGAGGACAGCCAGCCCACCAGCGUGCUGGAGCGGCAGCUACGUACCGCCGCGCUGGACUACGAGCAGAGGUUCCUGGGACAUUGUAACACUACUACUGAUAUUAAAGAGGCCAACUUCUUGGGCCCUGAUGCUAAUUAUAUUGCUGCUGGUUCUGAUGACGGCAGCAUGUUCAUCUGGUGCCGCAAGUCAGGCAACAUCAUCCGCUGCCUUCGAGGAGACGACUCCAUCCUGAACUGCAUACAGCUGCACCCCUCCAUGUUCCUGCUGGCCACCAGCGGCAUCGAGACCGUCGUGCGGCUGUGGAGCCCUAGGCCUGAGGUGUGUAUACAUCCUCCACUGCAUACAGCUGCACCCUCCAUGUUCCUGCUGGCCACCAGCGGCAUCGAGACCGUCGUGCGGCUGUGGAGCCCUAGGCCUGAGGUGUGUAUACAUCCUCCACUGCAUACAGCUGCACCCUCCAUGUUCCUGCUGGCCACCAGCGGCAUCGAGACCGUCGUGCGGCUGUGGAGCCCUAGGCCUGAGGUGUGUAUACAUCCUCCACUGCAUACAGCUGCACCCCUCCAUGUUCCUGCUGGCCACCAGCGGCAUCGAGACCGUCGUGCGGCUGUGGAGCCCUAGGCCUGAGGUGUGUAU